AUGGAUUCCGGCGCCGCCGGCUCGCUUAGCCCGACCAGCCCCGUCAGCGUACGGAGCCACGUCGGGGCCAAUGGCGGUCCUAAGAGGAAGCGGAGCGUCGGCAACAUGGCGAGCACCAUGGACAGCAGUCCCGAGAGCCCCGGCGCCGACGACGAGCACGGCGAUCACCACGAGAGGAAGCGCCAGCCCGGUGUGAAGCGGGCGUGCAACGAAUGCCGCCAACAAAAGCUGCGUUGCGAUGUCGUCCAAGAGCCGUUCCAGGGGUGUACCCGAUGUAGUCGGCUCAAACUCGAGUGCAAGAUCGAGUCCAACUUCAAACGCGUCGGGAAGCGUAGCAAACAUGCCGAGAUGGAAAAGGAGAUCGACAUGCUGCGUCGCGUAGUGCAGCGCGCACGCGCGGCGGGGUUCAUUGAGGACGACGAGGACAUGCACUCGCAGCUGCAGUCGCCUGUCAUCAACAGCACAUACACGCACACACGCAACCCGUCGCUGAUGGGCUCUGAUGAGGCCGUCUCGUCGCUACUUCACCUUAAGAGGGGUGGCUCCUAUGCCAUCCCAAGGAUCGUCCGAAGCCUGGAGGACGUCCAGCUCACCGAGGACGCCGAGGCACAGCUGUUUGACGAGUUCUUUCGCUGCUAUCACCCUUUGCUCCCAUUCCUCAGCCCGCAGCAGACUGCCGAGCAGUACUACCAGCAGAACAGCCUCCUUUACUGGACCAUAGUGUCGGUUGCCGCAAGGAGGUAUCAGCCCGAUCCAACCUUGCUGGGCAACAUCUCCCGGCCCCUGACAAGGCUAUUAUGGACCACUAUCGGAGAGGUGCCGGGCAACUACUGUGCCGUCAAGGCCCUCUGCCUUCUCUGCACCUGGCCUCUCCCCACGAGCACAAGCUCCGCGGAUCCCACGCACAUUUUGGGCGGCGUCAUGAUGAAAGUGGCCACCGGAAUCGGCCUGCACCGCCCCAUGCACAUCAACGACUUUUCCAGAGUGCCAGUACAGCUCAAUAAGGAGCAGCUGCACGACCGAGUCAGCACCUGGGCUGUGUGCAAUAUUGUGGCCCAGACGAUCGGGACGGGCUACGGCCAACCUGCCUCGACCCUGUACGACUGGACCCUCGCGGUCAGGCCAGGCGACAGCGGACCUUUCCAGCUCUCGGCAGAGCUCGAGGCUCGGCUCCAGGUCGAGAGGUUCUGUGACAAGGUCUCCAAAGAGAUGUACAGCAACGCAAGCGACCCGAGAGGGGUGGCCGGUGACGAGCAUCGCGCCAUCCUCAUGCGCGUUUUCCGCCGCGAGUUCAAUGAACUCAACGCCAACAUCCUCUCGCGGAGCCUAUCGCCCGUUGUGAACCUACACCUCAAGGCAGCCGGGCUCCACCUGCGCCUUGCUGGCUUCUUUGAUUCCAGCAAGACCCCCUCAUACCUGGACGACCUGAAGGAGCUGUACACCUCCACCACCAGCUUUCUGGAAUUUGUCAUAGACGGCGACAUGGACGCCACGCCUUCGGAUCAGGGCAGCAACAACGACCUGCUGAAAUACGCGACAAACUACAUCCAGCAAAUGUUGGUGGCCGCCGGCUUUGUACUUCUGAAGCUCAUGAGGUCAUUCUUCGCCAAAAUCAUUAUGGACCGCGGGCGCCUGCUCUUCCAUCGGACCGUGCAGGCGAUUCGGGCCACCAGCGUCACCAGAAACGACCUGAACUGGCGGCUGGCGGAGCUGAUGGUGCAGAUGUGGAAUGGAGCGCGAGUGGACCAGUCGUUCCUCGACCAGGAUCAUAUCGAUGACAGCCUGCAACUCAAGGUUCGCUGCAGACACAGUAUGAGUCUAGUUUUCGACUCAAUAUGGCAUUGGAGAGAGGAGUACGAGGCUCGUGGCCGAGGCUCCCUGGAUGCACUGAAAAAUCCUACAAACCCAGAUUCGGCAAACGAGUCGUCGGCAUCAUCAACACAUCUCGACAGCACCUUGGUGCCGCCCUCGCACGGGCUGCCAGCGAACCUCCUCGGUGGGCCUUCCAACGGUGGCGGCGCCGCGGCCGGAGGUCUGACGCCUCUGGGCGCUUCGGGCCUUGGAGGCGGCGGACAGAGCUCCAUGUUGGGAGCUAUUGCCUACGACUCGAACGCAAAUGCCUACGACUUCUUCGACCCACAACACUGGAUGCUCGAUAACCUCAUGGACUUCCCAUACGCGUUUGGCACCGUCCAGGCACUUGAAGGUUAG